AUGAAGGCCUGGUUCGAGAUUCUCACCACUCCGACGGCCGAUACCCCCGGCACGGUCGUCGGCCUCCAUUUCCCCGAGAAACGUUACUUGUUCGGUCAACUUGCAGAGGGAACACAACGCGCAUGUACAGAGAGAUCUCAUAAGCUUGCUUCUAUCGGCGAAAUCUUUGUGACAGGUCGGACAGAAUGGGCCAAUACCGGAGGCAUGAUUGGUGUCAUCUUGACCCAAGCGGAUGCGCUGAGAUCUUCGAGUGAUUCAUUGGAGGAAGAGAGCAAGAAAAAGGCCGAGCGCAAGGCUGCAGGCAUGCAGGCCAAGAACAAGAACAAGCCCUCUGAUGGCAUGAGUGAUACGAGGAAAUCAAGUGUGACUCUCCACGGAGCCACGAAUUUGAUGCACACAAUGGCUACGGCUCGGCGAUUUGUUUUCCGCACGGGUAUGCCUAUCUAUAUGAAGGAGUAUGACUCGGCGAGCAUUGCAAAGCAGAUUUCUUUUGAUAAGGAGGAUCCUUUUGAGACACCCAGCUUCAUUGAUUCGAACAUCAAAGUUUGGGCACUUCCCCUCAAGCCUCAGCCGACUGAUGCUCAGCGAGUGACGCGCUCGCAAAGUCCGCGGAAGCGAAGCCUGGAUGAGUUCCAGGAGACCGAGCAGCAGUUGGACGAGACUGCGAAUAACCAGAUGCUGAGACAGUCCAUCGUCUCGGACAUGUUUGAUUCUGACUGGAAGAUGGAUGCGCUCAUUGAAACUCCGUUGGCGGAGGUGAAAAUGCCCGCAGCUCUUUUUGUACGCAACGCGGAGACCAAGGACAUCGAGCCAUACAAGGGUCCUCUCCCUGGCGAUGACAAUCCAUUACCUGAUAUCAAGGUUCUUGUUCGGAAACCUUGGCCUGGCGCUACGGUCACUUCUCUGCCACCCACUAGUCCUUCGAAGGAGGCGGUCUCUUACAUUAUUCGGAGUCACGACAUCAGAGGCAAAUUUGAUACUGCCAAGGCAAAGAGUCUGGGUGUCCCCGCGGGCCCGGACUUUGCUCGUCUGGCCAGGGGAGAGACCAUCCAGACGCCAGACGGCAACACGGUGACUCCAGAUAUGGUUCUGGGCGCGGUUCGCCGUGGUAAAGGCCUUGCUGUCAUUGAUUUGCCAUCGCCUGAGUACGUCGAGGAUUUGGUCAAUCGCCCGGAGUGGAAUUCGCCUUCAGUAACUACCGAGCUCAAAGUCUUCAUUUGGAUUUUGGGACCGGGCGUGGGUGAUCAUCCCAAGCUGCGAGACUUUGUGGCACGCAUGUCCCAUGUCAAGCACACUGUGUCCAGCGUGGACUAUUGCCCCAACUAUCUGGCGUUCAAUAGUAGUGCUGGGGCUGCUGUCCGACUUAAUCGUUUGAGGGGGGAGAACUACCCCAUUCCUGUUCAUGACAAUGUGACUGUCCCACAGGUCCAAACUGGCGCACGACCUGGCAGUAUCUCGCUGGAGGACUCACCAUUCGAGCCUCUUCAACCGGGGCUAAUCAUCGACAUGGAGCCACAAUUCGGGUUCAACAAGAGCGAGCUCGUGACUCCAUUGAACACUGCCGAGACUAUUUUCAAGAUUCCACGCUCCGUUGAGAAACGGAUGGAGGUCAUUCGUACCCGUGUCAAGAAGCCAGAUUUCCAAAAGCAACUGGCCGAGAUGCGCAAGGACCUUCCUGGUGCCGAGGCAGAGAUUAUUGCUCUUGGUACAGGGUCCUCUUCCCCUUCCAAGUACCGUAACGUCUCCGCGACACUACUUCAUGUUCCUGGGCAUGGUUAUUAUCUUUUGGACUGCGGUGAGAACACUCUUGGACAGAUCAAGCGCCUGUUCGGGUAUGACAAGACUCGCGAGAUCUUGCAGAAUCUGCGCAUGAUCUGGAUUAGCCACCUCCACGCCGACCACCAUCUCGGCACGGCGUCCCUGAUCAGGGCCUGGUACAAGGAGAACUACGGAGCAGAGUCUAAGUCUACCGAGCCGGCAACUGAUCUUACCAAGAUUCUUCAGGAAAAGCGCUUGGCCGUGGUCUCUGAGGAGAUGAUGAUCGCCUGGUUGGAAGAGUAUGCAGCCGUCGAGGACUUUGGAUUUGACAAGUUGAUUCCCCUGUGUGCGCAUUCGGAAUCAACAGGGCCCUCUAUCACGACCAAGUUCAGCUACAGGCAGCCUCGUGACGGAAAGGCUCCCUAUGGAAUUCAUUCCUCUGGAAGAACUAUCCUCGACUUCAAGGAUAAUUCCUCGCCUCUGACACCGCUUCUGAAGUCUGCCUUGGGUUUGGAAAACAUCCUCACUACUCGCGUGAAACACUGCAAAGGUGCCCUCGCCUUAUCUAUCGUCUUCCCCGAUGGAUUCAAGGUCUCCUACUCCGGCGACUGCCGACCCUCUGACAAGUUUGCCUCCAUUGGCCGUGACUCGACCGUGCUGAUUCACGAGGCUACCUUCCAAAACGAUAUGAUAGGCUCGGCCCUCGCGAAGCGUCAUUCCACCGGAGCCGAAGCCCUCGAAGUCGCCCGCCGCAUGGGGGCUCGCACCAUCUUCCUGACCCAUUUCAGUCAACGCUAUCAGAAGAUUGCUUCCAUCGACCAAAAUGCAGGCACGAACAAGCACGAUUCUAUGAGCUCGUCUGAGCCUACAGAGAAGGUACUCGCGAAGGAGGCCGCAGACCCAGACAUCCCCCUCGACGACCCUGAGGAGCAACCGGCAAGCGUUCAGUCUGCCUCGUAUCUGCUCGAUGACAUCCACUUCCCGUUGCCUAACCGCCCGGGGCUGCCGCGCCGUGACUUCAUCCCGGGAGUGAACGCACCCCUUGCUGCGGCCAUGGACUACAUGCGCGUGAAGGUUGGCGAUCUCGCUCUGGCACAGGCAUAUGCCCCUGCCGUGGAGAAACUUGUCGAACUAUUGGAGAGAGAUGCCAUCCAGCAAUCGGAUAUUAUCAAAAAGGCCAUCCGUGAGGCGGAGGAAGCUCGCAAAGCCCAGAAGAAUAAGAAAUUCGCGAGUAAAAAGGCCGUUGCUGGAGCUGCGGCUGCGGGUGUGGCUGCGGUCGCGGCGGAGACGAAGGAGAAGGAGGCCGAGACCGAACUACCGGCUCACUCGGUGUGGAGCGCUAGUGAGAGUGAGGCCGGGUGGGAGACGAGCGACUAUGAGGAGUAA